ACAAAUAAUAAUUUCAAAGAGGUUGACCGGACUACCUAAGCGAUCACAUCACAUCGAUCGAAGAAGAAGAAAAAAAGACAAAACCCCCUCAGAAACGAAACUCCGACAAGAACAAAGCUUUUGUUUCUGUAAUGGAGAUUUGAGGAAAGAAGAAGAAGAGAUUGAAUAAAUGGUGGAGGGUUGGCGAAAUGGGUUUCGAGAGGCGACGAAUUCGAAGCCUCUGUUCGUGACGAUCUACGCGACGGUGAUCAUCGGCGUUCUCGUCUCCUCCUUCUAUGUCUUCUCUACUGUCUACUCUCCCACCAAUGGCUCCACCUCCUGGCUCUCUUCUCCUCCUCUUCCCAUUUCUGGCCGGAUCCACAAACUUCCACAAGAGAAUGCAACGUCUCAGUUACCAGUUGCACCACCACCACAACCAGAGGCACUUCCACCGCCACCAGAAGGCAAAUCAUCGGGUAAAAUCUGGGUGUCUCCUCCUAAAGACAAGAAGAUGCCACCUCUCGAGUCCUUCAAACUGACCAAAGAGCUGUUUGGGGAAAGAGUAAAAGAUAACGUGAUAAUAGUCACAUUUGGGAACUACGCUUUCAUGGAUUUCAUCUUGACUUGGGUUAAACACUUGACCGAUUUGGAUCUCUCCAACAUUCUAGUCGGUGCGAUGGAUACAAAGUUACUAGAGGCUUUGUACUGGAAAGGCGUUCCGGUUUUCGACAUGGGAAGCCACAUGAGCACAGUUGACGUCGGUUGGGGCUCCCCUACCUUUCACAAAAUGGGAAGAGAGAAAGUCAUCCUCAUUGAUUCCGUCUUGCCUUUCGGUUACGAGCUUCUCAUGUGUGACACUGACAUGGUCUGGCUCAAGAACCCUCUGCCUUACUUGGCACGGUACCCUGACGCUGAUGUUCUGACAUCAAGCGACCAAGUCGUUCCCACGGUGGUGGAUGACAGCUUGGAUAUAUGGCAACAAGUCAGCGCCGCAUACAACAUAGGGAUCUUCCACUGGCGUCCAACGGAACCCGCCAAGAAGCUGGCGAAAGAGUGGAAAGAGAUUCUCUUAGCAGACGACAAGGUCUGGGACCAAAACGGGUUCAACGAGAUCGUCAGGAGACAGCUAGGCCCAUCGGUGGACGGUGAUAGCAGCAGCGGACUCUUCUACGCUUACGAUGGUAGUCUCAAGGUUGGGAUCUUGCCUGCUAGCAUCUUCUGCAGUGGUCACACUUACUUCGUUCAGGCUAUGUAUCAGCAGCUCAGGCUAGAACCAUAUGCCGUGCAUACCACGUUUCAGUACGCAGGUACCGAAGGGAAACGCCACAGGCUUCGAGAAGGGAUGGUUUUCUUUGACCCGCCUGAGUAUUACGAUGCACCAGGAGGGUUCGUUUCGUUCAAACCGUCUAUACCAAAGAGUUUGUUGCUAGAUGGGAAUCAUACCGUUGAGUCACACUUUACACUCGUUAACCACCAAAUGAAACAGAUCAGAUCAGCUCUAGCUAUUGCCUCUCUACUGAAUCGUACGCUGGUGAUGCCACCGAUAUGGUGUAGGUUAGAUAGGCUUUGGUUUGGACAUCCCGGUACUCUUGUUGGAUCUAUGACACGUCAACCUUUUAUCUGCCCUCUUGAUCAUGUCUUUGAGGUCAAUAUCAUGCUAAAGGAGAUGCCAGAGGAAGAGUUUGGGCCCGGGAUUGGUAUCAGAGAAUAUUCUUUCCUAGAUAAUCCGUCGUUACCAAAACAAGUUAAAGAGUCAUGGCUUGAUGUUCAGCUUUGUCAAGGAUGCGAGGCAUCGAAUAUCACAAGCUCCUCGGGGGCGGCUCUUAAGUUCCCAAAGCGGAGCAAUGAAGAUACGUUCAAGGCGAUUUUCUCUUCCUUCAACGAUGUCAAAGUGAUCAAGUUCUCUUCAGUUGAAGAUGCUUUCACCGGAUUUUCGGACAAGGGGAAAGAAGAGAGAUUCAGAAGACGGGUAAAGAGAUAUGUAGGGAUAUGGUGUUGUGAGGAGAACAAGACUCCGGGACAUAUUUACUACGAUAUGUACUGGGACGAGAAACCUGGUUGGAAACCUGUUCCUCCACAGACACCAGAAGAGGACCAUCCUCCUCUUUGAUGAUGCUGCGACCCACUCAGCUAGAGAAGCUUUUAAGAAGCAGAAACUAUAGGCGAUUUCUUAGAUCACAAGGAAUCUUAAGAGCUUUUUUUUUCUUUUGCAUUUUCUUACAGCCUUUUACUACUGUAAAAUUGAACCUUUCUUCUGUUUCUCUUUCUCUAAUGUAUAAUCAUGUUUUAAUGAUAGGUUUUGUACACGAAAAAAAAACAUUUUCUCAUAUAAUUUAUCUAUUUUAUUCCAACAAA